UAUUCAACAAUCCAGUCACUUUCAUUUUCUUUCGGCAGUUAAUAAUCAUGUCUCUCAACGAGUGGUUCGGUGAACGCGAAGUGCUACUUACGGGAGUUACCAGUGAGGUAGGCCGUGCUGUUCUCGAAAAGAUUUUACGUACUUUUCCAAAGAUUAAAGUUUAUUCAGUUCUAAGGUCGCGUUCAGGAUAUAACAAGGACGAUCGGAUUAAGAGGAUUUUCCUCUCACCUGGAUAUGAGAGACUUCGACUUGAAGAUCCAAAUGCAGUUUCACGUGUAAAGGCACUAGAGGGAAAUCUCCUUUACGAAAGCCUUGGACUAAGUAAAGAAGAUCAAGUGCUUCUAGCGAAUGUCAGCGUCGUAUUUCAUGCAGCUGGACCACAUGACACUGUGCUUGAAUUCUGUCAAGACCUACCUAACCUCAAAGUGGUUGCAGCAGCUACUAACCUCUUUAGAUAUAGGGGCCAAAUUGCUGAAAGUUUACUCAAUGAACAAGUACCUGAUGUGCCACUAGCUCUCAUUCGACUCCCCAUUGUGGGUCCUGUUUACAAGGAACCAAUGCCAGGUUAUGUUGAAGUCAUAAAGGGACCAACUGCCCUAAUGGUCGGUGCUGGAUUUGCAUUUGGACACGCUGACUAUCAAGCUGAAAUUAUUCCUAUCGAUUUGGCCGUUAACACCCUUAUUGUCACAGCAUGGGAACGAGGUUUAAGAAGUAGAAAUGACAAAGUGUCAGUUUACAACGCAACUUCAAUUGGAUGCACAUGGGGCGAACUUGUUACAUAUGGAAAUCGAGGAAAUCGUAAAUUUACAUAUCCAACAUUUGGUUUUCGUGGAAUGACGAAUAAUGUCGUGCUCCACUGGUUAGCCGUCUUUUUUACUGACUGGCUGCCGUCCGUCAUCUGUGAUACAAUCUUGAAUUUGUUUGGUGCAAAACAGAGGAUCGUUGCUGAACAUGUCCGAGUGCAAAAUGCGCUUCGUUCUCUGGAGUCAGUAGCAUCCAAGCCGUGGUCAGUAGAGAGAAAUCACGUCAAUCGACUUUACAAGCGCCUUAGCCCACAGGAUCAGGAAACAUUUCCUCUUCAAGCUGAUAUCGAUGUUGAAUCCUACGUUUUGUGCGCUGCUGCCGCAAGCAGAAAAUAUUGUGUGGAUGAAAAUAGUAUUAAAAUUGUCCGUGGUUUUACAAGAGCUAUUUUCUUUCUUACUAUUGUCAUGUUUUGCUUUAUAUUUAUCUUUUAAGGUAUAAAAAAAAAUACAUUUCUCUAUUAUCUAUUUAAUGUCAGAAAUAGUAUUUUAAAAAUCACGAAUUUCGUAACAUAUACUGAUUUGAUUUGAAUAUAUAAAUGUAGUUACUCGUGUAAAUAUUUGUAUAAUAGAAAUUAUAUCCGUAAAAUGUUAAUUAUUUAUGCGUCUUUAAAUUUUAUCUGAUAAAUUGGGUGUACUUCCGAAGUAGGGGUACCUCCGAUUUUAAUAAAACUUGGUAUACUAACGUAUUUUGGUGCGCUGAUUACGAAAAUGAUAGUGAAAAUUGGCGCAAAUUUGAUUAUCAUGGUAAAAACCAUAAAAAACACCAUAAAAUAAUGGUUUUUUACGAUUAUCUCGUAAAAAACAAAAAAUUUCGAAAAAAGUUUUAGACAAAAGUUGUAGAUCUCAAAAAAACACACAUUUUAUGUUUUAUGCAUUUUUUACCAAAAGUCAUUAUUUUUCGAGAAAAAUCCAAAAAACGAAAAACACCAUGAUAAUGAAAACAUAUACAGCAGUCAUGGUUAGACAUAUUAUUUGACUCGUAUAUAGUAUCAUAUUCACUAUUAGUCAGGAUCUAACGAAUUCCGCAAAAUACUUUCGGCCAUAUCCACCCCCUCUCGCCAAGGUUUUUUUUAAAAAAAAAGCGAGCAGUACCUUACGCGGCCGAAGGCCGUGUUUACUAUUUUGCGUUUACCGCUGCUGUGGACUCCACCCCACAAUUUCCGCAAAUUACUUUCGGACCAUUUUUCUCGAAAAAUAAUGACUUUUGGUAAAAAAUGCAUAAAACAUGAAAUGUGUGUUUUUUUGAGAUCUACAACUUUUGUCUAAAACUUUUUUCGAAAUUUUUUGUUUUUUACGAGAUAAUCGUAAAAAACCAUUAUUUUAUGGUGUUUUUUAUGGUUUUUACCAUGAUAAUCAAAUUUGCGCCAAUUUUCACUAUCAUUUUCGUAAUCAGCGCACCAAAAUACGUUAGUAUACCAAGUUUUAUUAAAAUCGGAGGUACCCCUACUUCGGAAGUAUAUCCGAUAAAUUUAUUAGAUGUGUAUAGUAUAUUUCAUUUUUAUAAUAAAUAAUACAAUUUUCUACCUAAAAAAUAGUAUAUUUAUUAGUUGCAUAGAAAUAUAUGUCUAAUACCUAUGUAAGAAAAUAUUACCGUCGAUUUUGAGUAUAAAAUAAACAUAACUUUAAAAAUCAA